AUGUGCUGGCAUGCGCAGCCAGUUUCUCAUCCUAAGCCGUUUUCUGACGGUCUUGGGGCCCGGCGAGGGCCUCCAGGGGCCGAAACCGACGAACAAUUCAGUCUCGUUUUUUCCAGCCUUCCUAUCUUUGGCCUUCCCCCCCUCCCUCGUCACUUUCGUCUCCUCCCCUUCCCCUUGCCUCUCUUCGGGCACCUGCGUGCGUCAGGCGAGCGCCAGGGAUGCGCCAAUGUCUUCUGGAAGAUUCGGGCUCGGGGCUCUGGAGCUCGAGCCCCUCGACGACGAGGAGGAGGAGUCGGCCUCCGGCUGGACGGCGCUCGCCAACCUCGUCGAGGAG